AUGCAUCUCCAGGGGUUUCGUGCACCAGGAGCGGGGGUGUUUGCUCCACAGGCAGGUGGUGUUCAGCCUGGAGCAUCUGCACUUGUCGCGCCAGCAGGGCCUAGUGGCCAUGCUCUGCAUCGUCCCAACUUGCUCUUCCACGGAUCAGGACAUCCAACCGCGUCUGUGCAUCUGCCUUUGUCGUCGCACGACCCCGGUGUGCAGGAAUCACCUGCUUUCCUCUUUGCUGCUGAGGCGCUCGACACUGGCAGCAUCCUACCUGGCCACACCUCCUCCGCACCUCGUGGGACUCUACUGAACAUGCCCUCGCAACGGGUUCUGCCCUCCCCAGCCGCCUCCUCAUCCUUCAUGCCAUCGACCCAGAUUGGUGAGGAGGAGGAGGCCGCCAGCAAGCGGUUCACGGGAGUCGCAAAGAAGAAGGGUAAGAACGAGUGGGUGGCUAGGAUUGUCCUCGACCGCAAUUCCAAUUCUCUGAUUGUCAUCAGCAGUCACUUUCAAUCUGAGGUCGCCGCGGCUAGGGCAAAGUUACAGGAUUGUACGGCUCAGCAGUGUGAGUUGAUGGUCCGUCAGAAGUUCUGGCACAAGUGGAAGCAGUGGGCGGAGUAUUGGCCUUCUGCUAAGGCUAAGUAUGACGAGAAAGAGCGCAAGGCUGCGAUGAAGCGAGCGGCACUGGAUAGGAGCUUGGGUCAGCCUGGCGGUCGGCCCGACAAAAUGGCCAGAACGGUGGGUGAAGGCCUGUCACGAGGGGCGACAAGAGAUAACGAUGAGUGUGUGGGAUCUAAGGAUGAAUAG